AGAACACGUCUCUUUCUGCUGCUCAGCGUCUAGCGUCUAUUAUCCUUCCUCGUUAUUCUCACCUACAUCAAAUUUUCUGUCCAUAUAAGAGGAAGAACCGUUGAUCCUCCGCUCAAAUAAAUUCCAACUCCAACCGAUUUCUGCGAAACCAAAACCAAAAAAAAAUGACAAUCUCUUUGCAAUCUCCGCCUUCCUCAACCGUCUCCUCCUCGUUCCAGGGGACGAGGCUGAGGUUCUCCAAUGGAUCCCCACCUUCCAAUUUACGCUUCACCUUGCAGCGAUCCUUUCCUCUCAUUCGCGCUUCCACUCUCGACACCGGUUCAACCACGGAAUUGGAAGCCGUUUCUAGCUACAGCGAGAUCGUUCCUGACACCGUGAUUUUCGAUGACUUCGAGAGGUUUCCUCCAACUGCUGCAACUGUGAGCUCUUCUCUACUCUUGGGUAUAUGUAGCCUCCCCGAUACAAUCUUUAGAAAUGCCGUGGAUAUGGCGCUGGCAGAUUCGGAGUGUAAUCUGCAUGAAAACUCCAACGUGAGAUUGUCAUGUUUCGUCAACAAGGCUUUAGUGAAUGUUGGUGGUGAUUUGGCAAAACUAGUUCCUGGCCGAGUGUCUACUGAGGUGGAUGCUCGUCUUGCUUAUGACACGCAUGGAAUUAUCAGAAAGGUGCAUGACUUGCUGAAGUUGUACAAUCAAGUUAAUGUUCCUCCUGAGCGUUUGCUGUUCAAAAUUCCUUCAACUUGGCAAGGAAUAGAGGCUUCAAGAUUACUGGAAUCUGAGGGCAUACAGACACAUUUGACAUUUGUGUACAGCUUUGCUCAAGCUGCAGCUGCAGCCCAAGCUGGCGCUUCUGUUAUCCAGAUUUUUGUUGGUCGUCUUAGGGAUUGGUCUCGCAACCAUUCUGGUGACCCUGAGAUAGAAGCUGCUCUCAAAAGAGGGGAGGAUCCUGGGUUAGCCUUGGUCACAAAGGCAUAUAACUACAUUCACAAAAAUGGACAUAAAUCAAAGUUGAUGGCAGCAGCAGUUCGUAAUAAGCAGGAUCUAUUCAGUCUCUUGGGGGUUGACUACAUCAUUGCACCGCUGAAGGUAUUGCAAUCACUCAAAGAAUCCGUCACUGCCCCUGAAGAUAAGUACUCUUUCAUCAGGAGGCUAUCUCCACAAACUGCUGCCACCUACAAGUUCAAUGAAGAAGAGUUCAUCCUCCCACUGUUUCAUAUUCGCAAGCUCCAUCAUGGUACAGCGAGUGCUAUAGAAGCAGGAUCUAGAUUUGGGCUCCAACCAGUUGAAUGCAUUCCUUUCCAAGGAACAGGUAAAUUGUUUUACAAGAAGGUCACCUUCUGUCCUAGCAUUGUUACUAGUUUUGAUGAAAUCAGCAAUAUGUUGUUUUGGUUUGCCAUUUCCGUCGAAUUGCAUGAACUUUGGAGGCUGGUGUCCUAUCGGAAACCACAAGCUAUCCAUCCUCCUCGUGUAAUGCAUGGUAUACAUCAGAGUAUCCUGAGAGGGAGCCCCGUACUGAGCCCUAAUGGUGUUUGUAUUCAUGUCUUGAAAAUUGCAUGAACUUUGGAGGCUGGUGUCCUAUCGGAAACCACAAGCUAUCUAUCCUCCUCGUGUAAUCCAUGGUAUACAACAGUGUAUCCUGAGAGGGAGCCCCGUACAGAGCCCUAAUGGUGUUUGUAUUCAUGUCUUGAAGUUGUUGGACAUAUAAGGAACCCGUUGAGGCACGCUCGAACUUUAACUUUAAUUUCUUGCUAGGUUUAGUUUCUUGAUGUGAUCUGUAUGUCUUUUUCAGAGUCAUGUAGCACUGGAUUCAGAGUCAUGAUACACUUCUCUGGUUCUUGACUAUAUUCUCCAGUUUUUUGCAAUUCUAGCUUUUUCCUAAGUGAGGUGAUCUGUAUGUCUUUUUCCUUGAGCAUAUUUGCUAAUUUGGCAAUCACCUACUUCUUCUUGGCCAGUUCUUCUUCAACAGAAAUGACUCCUGUCAACAUAAACUGCAUAGCCAUAGAAUCUGAACCUGCCAUUGAUACCGAGGGUAUCACAGGAAACUCACUAAUUUGGUCAUCAGUAAGUGAUCCAUGGUAAGACCCUGUGCUUAAUUCAUUGUCUGGAAGUGGUGGGAGUGAUCACUCCCUUGAGUUCUUUAAACCCUUCUUAUUUUCAUGGGAACUCAUCCAAAUCUUUCCAAGGGCAUGCUUAUCUGCCCCCAGGAAAGCUAGAUUGAUUACUAGUCCAUUCUUUUGGUGUAUGCUUUGUGACUUAAGGUGGAAGUGGUGGGGAGUUGACAUGU